CCCCAAGACUCAACAUGGAACAACCCUUGACUGCUCAGCCUAAGUCCGAAAGUGGCCGGCGCGAGAGCUUUGGAUCCCACGCCUCUCAGACAGCCCGAGAAUUCAUCGAUGAUCAGAUGCGGCUUGAGGCCGAUGCGCGCGAGAUUCUUCCUUACUCCUUCGACUCAUGCACUUACGCUCUCGGUCCAUUGAGACAAAGCCUCUUUGCCUGUUUGACCUGCAAUCCCGCCUCCGAUGGUAACGACGAUGUCUCCACCGCGGCAGCGGUCUGUUACUCCUGCUCCAUCGCCUGCCACGGUGAACACACUCUGGUCGAGCUUUUCAACAAGCGCAACUUUGUCUGCGAUUGUGGAACCACUCGCAUGCCCGCCACAUCACCGUGCACUCUGCGUGAAGACCCCAAGACGGGCCACAAGGGCGUGCACUCUCAGGAGGCGGCCAAGGAUAACAAGUACAACCACAACUUUCGCAAUCGGUUCUGUGGCUGCGCGGAAAAGUACGAUCCCCACCAGGAGAAGGGUACCAUGUUCCAAUGCCUGGGUCUUGGUUCGGUUGAAACUGGUGGCUGUGGUGAGGACUGGUGGCACCCAGAAUGCCUCAUCGGCCUGCCACGGGAUUGGUACAAGACGAUGAAAAAGGAGGGUUUUGGUGGUGAUGCCGCCGACGAUGAGGAUGAAACUCCACUGCCUCCAAGAUUCCCCGCUGAAAAUGAUUUCGAUCAAUUCAUUUGCUACAAAUGCAUCGAUUCAAACCCUUGGCUCAAGCGCUACGCCGGAUCCAAGGGCUUCCUACCACCAGUAUAUAAAGAUGGCGGCCUGAAGAACUCAGCACCAAAGGAAUCGGAGCAACAAUCGGAGAACCCCAAGAAGCGCAAAGCAGAGGAUGAUGAUCCCUCCACUGAAGAGCCGACGAUCAAGCGAGCCAAAGAAGAGUCUCCCAAACAAGAGCCAACCGAAACCUCUACUCUCGCCACCAUCGCCGAAGAACAACCAACAGAGCCUAAAGAAGAACCAAAAGUGAAACUCGAAGCAACAUCAACCCCAAAACACACCUUCCUCCCCACCUCCCCACCAACAGAAUCCUUCUCCCUCUUCCUCCGCGAAGACUUCCACUCAAACCUCUGCCGCUGCGCAGAAUGCUACCCAAAUCUAGCACCGCACCCUCAACUCCGCGAAGAAGAAGAAACCUACGAGCCACCCCUCUCAGAAGAUGGAGAUGGAAACGGCGCCGCAAGUACAGGUACAGGCAGUAUUCUUGAACGCGGCGAAGCAGCACUCAGCACCGUUGACCGCGUACACGCUAUCGAGGGCGCAAUGAUUUACAACCAGCUCCGUGAUAAGGUUAAGGACUUUUUGCGGCCUUUUGCUGAGAGUGGAACGGCUGUCAGUGCGGAGGAUGUUAAGAGCUAUUUUGAACGAUUGAGGGGUGAUGAAGAGGGGAUUAAGGAUGCGGCUAGUCGGGCUGAGAAUGGGGGUGGCGAUGAGGGGGAUGGUCGACGUGAACAGAAUGGCUAUUGA